UGGAGCUAAUAGAAAAUAAACACACUUCACGCCAGACGUGGGUGUCCAGUUGCGGAAGAGUGAGGACUUGCCUGAGGCAGUGAGUCGAGACAACAGCUGAGGUCUCCAGUUAAAAGCAUUACGGUCGGCUUCAUCCUCCAACAAGCCGAAGAUAGCACAAGAGGACUAUCAAUGGCAUCUGAAGACUACAGUGUUUACAGCGGAUUGACGGAAGAUGAGCUGAUCUCAUUGGCUGUUGAACGCAGCCUAACAGAUGCCCAUGUUUCUGUGGACUACGCUGGUCACAGUAAGACACCGAUAGUACAGAUGCAGUCAAGGCCACCUAUUGCAGAUUCCAUUUCUGCACAUCCACAUGUUGCUCCACCAGCGGAUGACACACCAUGCAUCACUCUGAAAAAUGCUCGUACAGACCCAGGUCCAGGAGCAAGAAAGUGCUAUUCCUUCAUCGACAGUGAUGGCCAGCAGUAUGCAGCUUGGAGGAGAUACGAUGGGUCAAUGUUAGUCACCCUUGAUCCGGAGGAGCCCUUAGAUCCUGUUGUUAAAGCAAUCAAGACCGGUGCUGUGAGUACUCUGAUUGAGAUGGCAAAGACUGGAAUAUGCCUGACAAAACAAAAUAAGCAAGGCUGGAUUUUUCUACAUGAGGCUGCAUACCGUGGCCAAACAGAAUGCCUCAAGGUUUUGCUAAAACUCGAUCACAAGGUGAUCAACGCUCGCACCUUCGAGGAUGAGACACCUCUCUUCUUGGCUGUGUCUUUUGAGCAUAUAGCCUGUACCGAGUGGCUCCUGGAGAGUGGAGCAGAUCCUGACAUCAGCAAUAAGGAGAAAGAAACUCCUCUCUACAUAGCCUGUGAAAGACAGAAUCUGGACAUUGUGCAGCUGAUCCUGAAGUUCAAAGGCAAGGUGAAUAAAAUCUGCCAGCAGGGCUAUACAGCUCUGCAUGAAGCCGUGUGGCGUGACAACCUGGAGAUCUGUCACGCUCUGCUGGAGGCCGGGGCCGACAUCAGCAUCCCCAACAAAUAUGGCAUUACUCCUCUCUUUGCAGCUGCACAGGGAGGAUGUGUCAAUGUGUUGCGCUUCCUCAUAAGGCAUGGCGCGGAUGUGAACAGCCAGGCAGCUGAUGGAGCCACAGCUCUCUAUGAGUCUAGCAAGAAUGGCCAUGAAGAGGUUGUGAAAAUUUUGCUUUCACGAAAUGCUAAUGCUAACAUAUGUGCCAGAGGAGGACUGCUUCCACUGCAUAUUGCUGCCAAACGCGGAAAUGAAAGAAUUGUGUCCAUGCUGAUCCCGGUCACUAGCAAGGUCCUUGUGAGGCAUAGUGGGAUCAGUCCCCUUCACCUGGCUGCAGAACGCAACAGGAAUGAGGUUCUAGAGACUCUCAUAGAGGCAGGCUUUGAUGUUAACGCCAUGUUGUCCCACGACCGCUCCAAGAUGUACGAGGACCGUCGCAGCACUGCACUCUACUAUGUCAUCUGCAACAACAACACUGAAGCUGCCACUAUGCUCCUAGAAGCUGGUGCCAACCCCAACCUGGACACCUUUAACCCCUUGCUGAUUGCCGUGCGUCAGGGCUGCAUACGGACAGUCACUUUGCUGAUAGAGCAUGGGGCCAAUGUCAAUGCCUACAUCCCCACCCACCCCACCUCCUUCCCUGCUGCGAUUAUGUUCUGCAUGAAGUACCUGACCCUGCUCAAGUACCUGCUGGAUAAUGGAUGUGAUGCCCAGUCCUGCUUCCAUUGUGAGUAUGGCAGUGGCCCACAUCCUCCGAUCAAGACCUACCACAGACCCAGGGAUGACAUACGCUACAAUGUUGAUGUGCAGGACUACAUUCCAGUGCAGGAUGGCUGGGCUCUCCCUUAGAGACAGGGUGAGGAGCUCAGUCAUUCGGGAGGGACUCAGAGUAGAGCCGCUGCUCCUCCGCAUCGAGAGGAGCCAGAUGAGGUGGCUCGGGCAUCUGCUUAGGAUGCCUCCCGGAUGCCUCCCUGGUGAAAUGUUCCGGGCAUGUCCCACUGGGAGGAGGCCCCGGGGAAGACCCAGGACACGCUGGAGGGACUAUGUCCCUCGGCUGGCCUGGAAACGUCUCGGGAUCCCCCCAGAGGAGCUGGAUGAAGUGGCCGGGGAGAGGGAAGUCUGGGUUUCUCUGCUGAGACUGCUGCCCCCGCGACCCGACCUCGUAUUAAGCGGGAGAUGAUGGAUGGCUUUAGGCAGUGUUGCCCUUUUUUGACCGAUUAAGGAUAAAAUACAUACAAUGGGGAAAACUGACCUACAAGUUAGCAAGAAAGCCUCCUCCAAUGGCCGACACAAAGCUAAUGAAAUACUAGCAUAAGCUGGCUUUUUGACAGGUUAAAUCGGUAGAAAUAUACCAUGACACUAUGAAGGUAUCUGUGAUGCUGUUUGUUAAGCUUAAGAUUCCAAUUACUACCUCAAACAUGCAAUAUUAAAGUAGGAUCUCUGAAACAUGUUAACUUAGUGUAAGAUUUCUUUACUCCGAUUUGACAGAGCAUGAACCUGACUGUUCUCUCAUCGACUGGCCAGUGAUCAUCUUCGUCUUCCAAAGCAAACAGCGGAGAAAUCAGCCACUGUUUCCACUUCCAAAGUCUAAAAACUCAACCUGUCAAGCAAGCAAGUGUUAUGCAGAUAUGAGCAUGUUGAGAUGGUCUAGUGAGUACAUAGAGAGGAUGGGUUUUGAGACUAAAUUAACACCGAGCAAGCGAGUGUUGUGCAGACACGAGCCCAUAAUGAGGAUGGGUUUUCUAGUCGUGUGUUUUGAGACAAAUUAAGCGCCAUGUUUGCCUUUCCCCCUCAGUUCUGUGAGAUAAUUUCCACGCCUUCAGUGAGUCGCUGGGCAGGACCCAUCAUUGAUGUCCUCCUGGAUUAUGUUGGCAAUGUGCAGCUGUGUGCCAGGCUGAUAGAGCAUCUGGAUAGCUAUGAGGACUGGAGCGUUAUCAA